GGUCCCUGCAACAGCCCGUGUUGCGGGGCAUCGUGGGUUACCCGGCCUGAGGUCACCUUUGGCACCGGUUGGUUUGAAAUGCUGACGGCUGGAAAGGAGGUGUUCCUGUUCCUGGCUCCAACCUGGGUGAAGCCGUGAGAGAGCCUUCUACUUCCUCUCGGGAGCUGAGCAGGGGGUGGGCACCCGGAGACCUCCCCAGUUCCUCUCUGUGCCUCUGCUUUGCUACCUGUGGCAUUGGGACAUCGGGAACAAGCCCUGGCUCCCAGGCCCCUGGCUGCCUUCUCAUGUGGCUUCGUGUGAACCCCUCUUCGGCGUAGCUUUUGUGGCUCCUGGACUCUACUUUGGAUCCCAGAUGCAGAGAGAGCAGCCUGAUUACCCAGGGCUGCCAGGGACAGCUGGGGCCCGAGAGAUGGUGGCCCCUCCUCUGUGUCUUGACUGUGGGCAAGUUACUUCACCUCUGUGGGCCUCAGUUUCCUCACUAGAAAAUAGGGGUAAUAGUCCAGGCGUGGUGGCUCACACCUGUAAUCCCAGCACUUUGGGAGGUCAAGGCGGGCAGAUCACCUGAGGUCGGGAGUUUAAGACCCGCCUGACCAACAUGGAGAAACCCCGUCUCUACUAAAAAUACAUUAGCCGGGCUUGGUGGCAUGUGCCUGUAAUCCCAGCUACUCGGGAGGCUAGGGCAGGAGAAUCGCUUGAACCCGGGAGGCAGAGGUUGUGGUGAACCGAGAUCGUGCCAUUGCACUCCAGCCUGGGCAACAAGAGCAAAACUCCGUCUCAAAAAAAAAAAAAAAAAAAAGAAAAUGGGGGUAAUCACCACCACUACUGGGUGGGGUUGUUGGGAGGAGUGAUGUGGUAAUAUAUGCAAAGCUCUUACAAUAGAACCUGGCACCCGUUUACCGUGUGAACUAUCCCCCGGCCCCAUCCUUCUCCAACGGGCGGAGGACAGGAGCCUGGCCUAGAUGAGUGGCCUCGGAGUUUCCAUCUGGCUCAGGCCUGAGCUCUAAGGGGAGAGAGGCUUCCCAAACCCUGUGUGAGUCAGUCCUGGGUGCCGUCCCUUCCUCCGCCUCCAUCUGCAGUGAGCAAAGGCUGCUGGUGGCCGCUGCUCCCCAUGACUGUUCUCCACCCUCUGCUUUCCACCGGCUCUGCAGCCUGGGCCGAGCCAGUGGCCCCCAGAGGAUGAGAAAGAGGUGAUCCGUCGGGCCAUCCAGAAAGAGCUGAAGAUCAAGGAGGGGGUGGAGAACCUGCGGCGCGCGGCCACAGACCGCCGCCACUUGAGCCAUGUGCAGCAGCUGCUGCGGUCCUCCAACCGCCGCCUGGAGCAGCUGCAUGGCGAGCUGCGGGAGCUGCAUGCCCGAAUCCUGCUGCCCGGCCCUGGGCCUGGCCCAGCUGGUGAGUGAGGAGCCGAGACCCCCUCAGGACAGAAGGCUCUGGGCCGAUCUGGCCCCUGGCCUUGGACCUGGCCACUGUGGCGAGACCACCUCAUUUCCUGCCUAUAGAUCAGUAAGGGAAGGAGGAGAGUCCACAGUGGGGGUCUCGGCUCUGGGUGAGGGACUCCUGUGCUCGAUACCCCCGUGCACAGAGCCUGUGGCCUCAGGACCCCGGCCGUGGGCAGAGCAGCUCAGGGCUCGGCACCUAGAGGCUCUCCGGAGGCAGCUGCAUGUGGAGCUGAAGGUGAAGCAGGGGGCUGAGAACAUGACCCACACGUGCGCCAGUGGCACCCCCAAGGAGAGGAAGCUCCUGGCAGCCGCCCAGCAGAUGCUGCGGGACAGCCAGCUGAAGGUGGCCCUGCUGCGGAUGAAGAUCAGCAGCUUGGAGGCCAGUGGGUCCCCGGAGCCAGGGCCUGAGCUGCUGGCGGAGGAGCUACAGCAUCGACUGCACGUUGAGGCAGCUGUGGCUGAGGGCGCCAAGAACGUGGUGAAACUGCUUAGUAGCCGGAGAACACAGGACCGCAAGGCACUGGCUGAGGCCCAGGCCCAGCUACAGGAGUCCUCCCAGAAACUGGACCUCCUGCGGCUGGCCUUGGAGCAGCUGCUGGAGCAACUGCCUCCUGCCCACCCUUUGCGCAGCAGAGUGGCCCGAGAGUUGCGGACUGCGGUGCCUGGAUACCCCCAGCCUUCAGGGACACCUGUGAAGCCCACCGCCCUGACAGGGACACUGCAGGUCCGCCUCCUGGGCUGUGAACAGUUGCUGACAGCCGUGCCCGGGCGCUCCCCAGCGGCUGCACUGGCCAGCAGCCCCUCCGAGGGCUGGCUUUGGACCAGGGCCAAGCACCAGCGUGGCCGAGGCGAGCUUGCCAGCGAGGUGCUGGCUGUGCUAAAGGUGGACAACCGUGUCGUGGGGCAGACGGGCUGGGGGCAGGUGGCCGAACAGUCCUGGGACCAGACCUUUGUCAUCCCACUGGAGCGAGCCCGUGAGCUGGAGAUUGGGGUGCACUGGCGGGACUGGCGGCAGCUAUGUGGCGUGGCCUUCCUGAGACUUGAGGACUUCCUGGACAAUGCCUGUCACCAACUGUCCCUCAGCCUGGUACCGCAGGGACUGCUUUUUGCCCAGGUGACCUUCUGCGAUCCUGUCAUUGAGAGGCGGCCCCGGCUGCAGAGGCAGGAACGAAUCUUCUCUAAACGCAGAGGCCAGGAUUUCCUGAGGGCUUCGCAGAUGAACCUCGGCAUGGCGGCCUGGGGGCGCCUCGUCAUGAACCUGCUGCCCCCCUGCAGCUCACCGAGCAUAACCAGCCCCCCCAAAGGGUGCCCUCGGACCCCAACAACACCGCGAGAGGCCUCUGACCCUGCCACUCCCAGUAAUUUCCUGCCCAAGAAGACCCCCUUGGGCGAAGAGAUGAUGCCCCCACCCAAGCCCCCGCGCCUCUACCUCCCCCAGGAGCCAACAUCCGAGGAGACUCCGCGCACCAAACGUCCCCAUAUGGAGGCUAGGACUCGACGUGGGCCAUCUCCACCAGCCUCCCCCACCAGGAAACCCCCUCGGCUUCAGGACUUCCGCUGCUUAGCUGUGCUGGGCCGGGGACACUUUGGGAAGGUCCUCCUGGUCCAGUUCAAGGGGACAGGGAAAUACUACGCCAUCAAAGCACUGAAGAAGCAGGAGGUUCUCAGCCGGGACGAGAUAGAGAGCCUGUACUGCGAGAAGCGGAUCCUGGAGGCUGUGGGCCGCACAGGGCACCCUUUCCUGCUCUCCCUCCUUGCCUGCUUCCAGACCUCCAGCCAUGCCUGCUUUGUGACUGAGUUUGUGCCUGGUGGCGACCUCAUGAUGCAGAUCCACGAGGAUGUCUUCCCCGAGCCGCAGGCCCGCUUCUACGUGGCUUGUGUUGUCCUGGGGCUGCAGUUCUUACACGAGAAGAAGAUCAUUUACAGGGACCUGAAGUUGGAUAACCUUCUGCUGGAUGCCCAGGGAUUCCUGAAGAUUGCAGACUUUGGACUCUGCAAGGAAGGGAUCGGCUUCGGGGACCGGACUAGCACCUUCUGUGGCACCCCGGAGUUCCUGGCUCCUGAGGUGCUGACCCAGGAGGCGUAUACACGGGCUGUGGACUGGUGGGGGCUGGGUGUGCUGCUCUACGAGAUGCUGGUGGGUGAGUGCCCGUUCCCAGGGGACACAGAGGAAGAGGUGUUUGACUGCAUUGUUAACAUGGACGCCCCCUACCCCGGCUUUCUGUCGGUGCAAGGGCUUGAGCUCAUUCAGAAGCUCCUCCAGAAGUGCCCGGAGAAGCGCCUCGGGGCGGGUGAGCAGGAUGCCGAGGAGAUCAAGGUCCAGCCAUUCUUCAGGGCACCUCUCCUUUGCCCUCAGACCACCAACUGGCAAGCCCUGCUCGCCCGCACCAUCCAGCCCCCCUUCGUGCCUACCCUCUGUGGCCCUGCGGACCUGCGCUACUUUGAGGGCGAGUUCACAGGGCUGCCGCCUGCCCUGACCCCACCUGCACCCCACAGCCUCCUCACUGCCCGCCAACAGGCCGCCUUCCAGGACUUCGACUUUGUGUCAGAGCGAUUCCUGGAACCCUGAGGGCAUCUCCUGGCACCUCUGUCCCCUUCCUCCACAGACUGUUAGAGCCUCUGCUCGCCUACCUGUGCGCCCUGCCUGGAGGUCCAGGCCUUGCUGGGUACUUAUGAGCCCUUGGGAUUCGAGGUGGCAGCCAUGGGGCCACUGUUGUGGGCUUGCUCAGUGUCACUGGGCAAAGUGUGUCCCUUCCGCCUCCAGCUCGCCCUCCUCUACCUCCCAGCGAGACCUGGCCCAGAAAGGGUGCCGCAGCAAGGAGUGAUAUGGUUUGUCUUUUUAAGACUGGACUUGCUUUAUAUUAAAUUUGUAAAAGUG